AUGAAGGCAGCAUGGUCCGAGUCUUCAGACGAAUCCGAGACUGACAAAGAAGAACCGGCAAGCUUCCUCGCACUACCAGUACUAGCAUCUGUGGCGGAAACUGAGUCCGAAUACGAGACAGAUAGCAAGACGCUUCUCGAUCCAACAACUAUAACUAUUGGACGAGGGGGCUAUAUUGUUGGAGAAGCUUUAUUUGAACCAUCUAUCUUGGGUAUAGAAGAGUAUGGGAUAGUUGAGCAGUUGGUUCGCAGCAUAACAAGUGUUUCUUCUGAGAACCUUCGUCAAUUGCUUGAAAAUACAAUGCUUUGUGGUGGUACAACAUCUAUGACUGGUUUUGAAGAACGGUUUCAGAAAGAAGCAAAUUUGUGCUCCUCGUCCAUCCACCCAUCUCUCAUAAAGCCCCCAGAAUACAUGCCAGAGAAUUUAUCAAAGAACUCAGCCUGGAUGGGCGGUGUCAUAUUGGCUAAAGUUGUUUUCCCACAGAAUCAGCACAUAACCAAGGGAGAUUACGAUGAGACGGGACCAACAAUCGUUCACAAAAAAUGCUUCUAGGCCUGGUUGAACUCACUCUGGGUGAGCAUCAUUGUUGCCGCAUCA